AUUUUCCACAGUACGAAAUCGAGCGCGCCUUGGUGCAGUCUAUUCGUUCAAACUAUAAUUAUCGUAAUGUGGCUGUUCUCGUUGAUAGGAUUUUGUGUCGUCCUAUAUUACAUAGUUCAAUUAUGCGUAUUCUAUUACUUAGACUCAGAUUUUGAACUGUAUUUAUUAUCAAAGCUGGGAAAGCCUAUCAGCUCUCUCCGAGGUAAGGUUGUUUGGAUAACCGGUGCAUCGAGCGGAAUAGGCAGGGAUCUUGCCAUUACCUUAGCGAAGCAUGGCGUCCGAUUGUGUCUAUCAUCCCGUAAACUCUCCGAACUGAUGAAAGUUAAGCAAGAAUGCUUGGAUGCCUCACGGGGAUAUCUUAACGACCACGAUGUUUUUGUACUACAGAUGGAUAUGCUGGAAAUCGAUAGCCAUAACACAUAUUUCGACAAAGUGAUCGACCAUUUUAAAACACUAGAUAUUCUGGUGAAUAACGCGGGUCGCUCCCAACGGGCGGAAUGGAACACCAUUCAGCUGAAGGUCGAUCGAGAAUUGUUCGAGUUGGACGUGUUUGCCGUGGUCAAUCUAUCACGCAUAGCUUUGAACUACUUUAUCGAGAACUCCGUGAAAGGCCACAUUGCUGUUACAAGUAGCGUUACAGGACUUGUUGCUUUCCCCAACUCCGCCACCUACACCGCAGCGAAACAUGCUCUGCACGGCUACUUCGAAACACUACAAAACGAAGUAUUUGGAAUCGACGUAACUAUUUUCUGUCCGGGACCAACCGCCACCAAUUUCCUGCAGGAAUGUUUCACAAAUACACCAGGAGAGAAAUUUAACAAACCAGUCGGUGCGGAUGACAAACGGUUGACCAGUGAGCGCUGUGCCAAGUUAUAUUCGAUUGCAUUGGCUAACAAAACCCUCUUCAGCUGGGCCGGAACACGACCGAUGAAUUUCAUAUUCUAUAUCGGAUGUUACUACCCGAAUGUCAGCCGACUAUUGAUCAAGACUCUCGGGAUUGAAAACAUUGACAGAUUACGAAACGGUCGUCCACUUGGAGAAAGUUAAUGAUGUUUUUAAAAACGGACAAUUCAUCUUUCAUUGAUGCAUGAACAAACACUUAUGUACUUGAAUAAUGGUUUAUAUAUAACGUAUAUAAACAGUUAAAUAAAGCAUGUAUGUAUUUUCCAUAUA